AGCGUUGUUAUUGUUGACUUGUGUUCUCUGGCCGCCUUCUGCUUGCACCUGCACCCCGCGGUUAUUUCGCCUGGUUUCACUUGCUGCAUACCUGUACAGUGGAGGAAAGGGGCACAGAAGACUCGAAAUGGUGCACAGGAAUUGAGGGAGACAGCAGAAAUUGAGGAAAAGUGUGGAUUUAAGAAGCAGGGAAGACGCAAGGUAGAGCAGCAAGAUGGCACAGUACAAAGGUGCUGCCAGCGAGGCUGGCCGUGCCAUGCAGAUCAAGAAGAGGAGGGAGAGGGAGCAGGAGGAAAUGGAGCAGAAGAAGAGGAAACUGGAAGAGACCCUGAAGAUCAACAAAAUUGAGAAUAAAUUUGCUGUCCAUUAUGAUGCAGUGGAGCAGCAGCUGAAGAGCUCCACCAUCGGUCUGGUAACACUGAAUGAGAUGAAGGCAAAACAGGAGGAUGUUGUGAAGGAGAGAGAAAAGGAACUAGCUCGCAAAAUAAGAGAACAGGAGAAGCUGCUGAAGAAGGAGAUUGAAGCCAAGCAAGCCAAGAAGAAGGAGCAGAGAGAAAAGAUUGCCAAGCUCAGUUUCUGUCCAGAUGAUGACGAGGAAGAAGAAGAUGAGGAGGGGAGUGAAACGGAGAAAAAUGGCAAAGCGGAGGAAAGUGAUGCAUCCACUAGUGAGGGGGAAGCUGAUAAGGGAUCCAAGUUGAAGAUGAUCAAGAACCCUGAUGUGGACACCAGCUUUCUACCUGACCGAGACAGAGAGGAUGCUGAGAACAGACUGAGGGAGGAGCUGAGGCAGGAAUGGGUUGCCAAACAGGAGGCCAUGAAGAAUGAGGAGAUUGAGAUCACCUUCAGUUACUGGGAUGGCUCUGGCCACCGACGCUCUGUGAGAAUGAAGAAAGGCAACAGUGUGUACCAGUUCCUGCAGCGUGGCCUGGAGAUUCUGCGCAAGGAGUUCAAUGAGCUGCGAUCUGUCUCAGCCGACCACCUCAUGUACAUCAAAGAGGACCUUAUCAUCCCCCACCACUACACCUUCUAUGACUUCAUCGUCAACAAGGCUCGAGGCAAAAGCGGUCCAUUGUUCCACUUUGACGUCCACGAUGACAUCAGGCUGGUCAGCGAUGCGUCAGUGGAGAAGGAGGAGUCCCAUGCUGGCAAGGUGGUGAUGCGCACGUGGUAUGAGAGGAACAAGCACAUCUUUCCUGCCAGCCGGUGGGAACCGUACGACCCUCAGAAGAACUAUGAGAAGUACACCAUCAAGGACAAAAACAAGAAAAAGUAGAAAGCUGCGUCAUCAGAUGUCUCUGCGUUUGCUCACAAGUACAAAGACAUACUGUGUGUCCUUCUACUGCCAGCCUCUGCAGCGGUCAUUGUUCUGAACACCCCAGAGAGAGAGAGUGUGUUUAUGUGUGGUGUGUGUGUGUGUGUGUGUGUGUUUGUGUUGGGACUAAAAGAUGCACUUGUCUUGUCAUUUAGCAGACGCCUUAGUUCUGAACAGCCCAGGGAGAGAGAGAGAGAGAGAGAGAGAGAGAGAGAGAGUGCAUGUGUAUGGUGUGUGUGUUUGUGUGUGUGUGUGUGUGUGUGUGCAUGUUGGGUCUACAAAGUUUACUCGCCUCGUCAUGUAGAAGAUGCCAUAGAUGGGUCUCUUGCAUUACCAUUAGAGCAUUUGUGUCCUGGAUUGUGUGUCUGCAGCUCCUUGUGUGCAGAGGCCCGGAAGGGGCUUUGGUCUUAGGUGUGACUUUUGUCCACUGCUGUAGGUGAGUCUUGUUUGGCUUGUGCAGGUGAUAGAACAGCUGUAGGAACACUUGAAUAUUUUUAAGUUCCCUUGUUCAGGCCUAUUUACAUGGUGAAACUUACACUAGCCACUCUCUCAGGAGCAGGCAGCUUGUGAGGGUGCUAAGGAAGCUGCUAGGAUUGCUAGGGCUGGACUGACAGACUGUGGGUGAUCCUUAUCUACCUGUUCCUUGUAAUUUGAAAUUCACUGCCAGCAAGGGUGAGUAGGUGACACACACUCAGCCUGACUGCUCUUAUAUGCCAGGUUUGGGGUGUAAGCAGUUCCAGGUGUGGCAGCAUGGACAGUGUGGUGGUGUGAUGUUCCUGUCAGUAGUCAGCAAAUAAAGGUUGUCAACUUGUCAUGCUGGCCUGCACCUUCACCUUGACAGCCGAGCCACUGACACGACCAGAGCGGGUUGGCUGUCACUUGUGAGAGUUGUGUGUGUGGGUGGCCCACCAUGUAAAGGCAUUUUUAGAAACAGGCCGGUGGUAAUCAUGGCAUAUUGUGGCCUGUGAGGAAAUUGACAUUCAGACAACAGUGAGUUUAAAGUUCUCCCCAGUUCUUAGUAAUUGCAGUUUUGUAUAAGUAACUGCAUUUCCCUGACAGUGUUAUACAGUAAAGUAAAUAGGUAAAAAUGCUUACAGUAAUUAAAGAAUUAUAAUAUCGUCUUAAGUUCAGGAAUAAUAUCUUUGAUCAAAGAGACAGAGUGUGGUACGUGUCCCCACAAAUAAAAAGAUAAUGAUUUUGUUUCAGGCGUUGUACACUUGUACUUACAAAGUGAGAAACAUGAUGGUUGUAUUACUGUUUUAUGGACAAUGUGUCCUUUUCAGCAGUGUUAUACUUACCUGUAGUGUUGCUUUUUAACACCUGACUGGCCUUGGGUCAGCCUGAAGGAGAGUGAGCCUGGGAACCGUGACGGCAGGGCAAGUCUUCACUGCCUCAUUCUAGCAUUACUUUUGUACAUAGGUUAUGUAUGGUCCAUGUGACUGGACUGAGUAGCACUUUUGUAAUCUGUUGGAUGGUUAAGUUUGACAGCAAUCCACUGCCAGCACACCCGAACAGUGAGGGACACGGUGGUCAGACCUGGGAGGUGUGCGGGUGGCUGGUUUAUCAAUAUUUUUUACUCUGUACCCAGACUUUUCUUUUUUAUUAUGUAAGUAUAUUCAUAUAUUUAAUUUAAAUAUCAUAUAGUUUUUUUA